AUAGGAACCUACACAUUCCGAAACAGACAGGCUUUACAUCGUCGCACACAGUAGUCUGUGUUGAGGAGUCGUUCUGAGUAGAAGCAUUUUCGGGAGGACGAUCCAAGAAGUGCUUGUUUCCCCUUCUUGGCAGAUAGAAACGGGAGGAGGUUUUUUGCACAAGCAAAGGACUACUUUGAUCGGGGGUGUGUGUUUUGACAGUUGUUGCGCGUCGCGAAACGCAGCCUACUGAGGUGCGACGACGAUUACGGGAGUGUUUCUCAUUGUAUGACGAGCGCAAUAAUACAAGAAGAGCGCCGAGGCAAAAGCAAGCAAUCGCGCGCCUCUUAUCAGUGACCAGUGGCUUUGAUAAGGGCCCCUCAGUUUCAAUGAACUGCAUUGGGCAGCUAAAGGCAUACAGUUCGGGCACAAGUGAUGAAGUAGUGUAAAGUUUUUUGUUUCAAAAUCUUGUCAAAAAGUGGAGGAACGUUUAAGGAGGAAAGUGCGGACGAGAACGAGAGUGAGUGUAUCGUAUUUCGCGGAGGCGACACUUUUCGAUUUGAGUUACGUCUGCUUGUAGGACCGUAUAUAGAAGAAAAGGAAAUUAUUUUGAUUUUGUCGGUUUUUUUUGCGUCCAACGAAGUUUUGACUCGGACUCGGUUCAAAGAAGAAACACACGAAGACUGAUACCGAGAAAGCAAAAAAAAAAAAAAGAACAGAGACAGUCAAGUCGUUGUUACGAACGAUGAUCGCGACCAAGUGACGGGUGAAGUGAAGUCCGCUGCGAAGAAGAAGACGAAGCCGGGUGUGGAUACAACUAAAGAAAAAAUCAAGCUGAACAAGCGAAGUACACAACACCGUUGAAGGAGAAGCAAGGUGUGUGAUCAGAGGAGGCAGGCGGCGACGAAACAGUCGGAAGAAGAGGAAAAGGGCGAAGCAAGUUUGAUUCAUUCAUAAAAAUCUUACUCGCGCUUUUUAUUUUGUUGCACAUACAUUUAUAUGCGCGCACACGUUGCCGAUCAGAGUAGGCGGCGGUGGAGAAGAGUUUUGUGUGGUUAUUAUUCGCUGUGCUCUGUGUGCGGCGGUGCUUAGUAGACGUCGCGUGUAGUGGUAGUGCGCAACUGCAGCAACAAACAACCGCACGCGUUCUGUUGCCCACCUCCCCCCUCAUGAUAAUCAAAGGAGGCGUAUGACGUGACGGGAGAAGAGUGCGCUGUGCGCGAUCAUCAAAAAAUAAAAACGGAGUAGGCGAGAAAAGUGCGAAUAAGAGGGAGAGAGCGUUUAUAAAAUUAGAAUUGUAUUUGGCCAAAUUGGUUUUGGCGAAUCCGCGCGCCUACAAGGGUCCGAGAAGAGUGUGGUGCAAGAAGAAGAUUGCAACCAGAUGCGAAUUUGAAGAAGAUACGACGAGUGGUGCGGUAAUUGCGGGCAAUGAAAUUAAUUCGUUACCGAUGAUGAGCGGAGACCGCGUGCAAUUACUAGUGUAAACACUGUGUGAGGAAGAUCAAGAAUCCAUUAGAGCGGCUAUUGUUGAUCAAGUUAUAUUUUACUCUGCCGCGCCGAUUGAAAGUGGAUCACGGAUAGAAUCAACGAGAAGCAGCCUACUGAGAGCCGCUUCGAACAGCGAGCAGCCAAUCUCUUCUGGGGCGUACGCGCAAGCAAUGGAAUUGGAGGCGUACGAAGCACUAGCGGACUACUCGCUCCAGGAGGCUCCCUUCUACGAGGCACCGCUCAAAGUGGGUCCCCCACAGCCGGCGACAACGCCUCAGUCACCAGCAUCCCAUCAGAUUUCGCUUACGUCCUUUCGAUCGGCCCUUUUCGGCGCGUCGUCGUCGUCGGGAGGUUCGAUGGCUGCGUCCUCACUGAUGCUGAAUGGCAAUGGCGGCGGCGGCUCGAUCGCAGUAGGCGGUGGCGGCAAGCUGAUGCAACACCUUGGUGCCAACUCCGGGGCCGGGGCAGUGCCUAGGUUGCAACAGCCCCCCCACAGUAGACCUCCGCCGGCCCUGGUACCGUCGGCCCUCAGCGGAGGUUUGAUGAAGACCAAGAAGAACUUUAAGAAGUCUGUCAGCUUUCUACCGACGAUUGUACAGAGCCACGACGGCGAGUCGCACAUACAGCUGAAGCAGGAACCGCUGGACGAUGGACCCCACGGCGUACGGAACAUCCAGAAGGUGCCCAGCCUGUCGGAUCUGAGCGACCCGGAAGCGUCACUAGAUGUUCCGACGCAGAUGCCACCGUUGACGCCGGGAACGAACAAGAAGCUGACCGAAGUCCUGUACGCCUCGUUUGCCUCCUGGGAGAAGGUGGUCCACUCCUGCCGAAUCACCAAAGAUCCACGACAAUGGACCCCGGAACAUGUGAUCAUCUGGCUGAACUGGUCCAUAAAGGAGUUCUCGCUGGAGAGUGUCAACAAGGAGCCGUUCCUCAAGAUGAGUGGCCGGGACAUUAUCGGGUUGGGCCGGGAAGGCUUCCUGGCCAUCGCGCCGCCCUUCACCGGUGACAUCCUAUGGGAACAUCUGGAAAUUCUGCAGAAAGAUUGUGAGAAAGCGUUGCUGGACAGCAGUGGCGGCGGAGGAUCGCUAGCGGCUGCCAUCGUCACUGCCAGUGCACUGUAUGGGAAUGGUGGCGGCAGUGGUGCCGGAGGAAAUGGCGGUGACAGUGGCUCGACGGGAGGGGCCAGCAGUGGCGUCAGCGAACUCAGCGAGUACAACAGUGCCCUCCAGCGGUUAAGUACCCAACAGCACCAGCAGGAGCAACAGUUUAGUGGCAAUUCGACGUCUACGAGCGGUGGGAACGGAGGAGGAGGCGGCGGCGGCAGCAGCAGUGCUGCCAGCAAUUCCAAUAAUAGCAGUGGUUACACAUCCCUCCACGAUCGUAGCAAUAGUUCGCCACCUCCGCUGAUUCAAUCCUCGAACCAAUCCGGAAGCGGCGGUGGCGGUGGAGGAGGAGGGGGAGGCGGUGGAGGCGGAGGCAGCAACAACACCAACAGCACCAGCACAAACUCAACCUCCUCUAGUGGUAACAGUAGUAGCAAUAGUAACAACAACAACAACAGCAGUAUGUCCUCCUAUCUGUCAUCGAUGGCGGCGGCGGCAGCGAGGAACAGUGGCGGCAGCAACAACAACAGUAGUGCAAAUAGUUCCAACUACCCUAGCAGCAAUAGUGCGAAUACCCCUUCCACGACGUCGUCCAGCGGGGCCGGCAGUCAUCCGCAGAUGAAGGAAGAGCACGAACCGAACAGUUUUAUCAACAUCGACGAGCUGCCGAACUUUGGCGUCGUCCCGGGUCACUAUGACGACCAGGAUCAGUACCACUCGCUACCGCAACCGGAAACUCAGACGCCUUCGCACGGUUACCUUGACAACAGCCCGGAGUUCUACUCGGCGAUCCAGAUGGAGCAGAAGUACAUGGCGCCGCACUACAAAACCGGACCGUACACGAGUCGAAGUAACCGGUACCAUCAGCCGCACCCGCACAGUGGAGUUGGAGCCGGGGGACCAGGCGCUGGCGCCGGUUCCCAGGGCAGCCACCACCACCAUCAUCACCAGCACCACCAUCCGCACCACGACGGAUACCACGAGUACAGCUCGCCGUACGACACCCCGCCGUUCCAGACCGUGCCGAGCAACACGACGUCGCCGCAAGGUUCCGGCAACAACAACGACAGCACCGGUCUCGGCGGCCACAUGGAUCCCUGGAGCCAGCUGCACCACCCGGGACAACAUCCGGGCCACCCGGGAGCCCAUCCGACGCUGCUGGACUUCCAACAUCCGGCCUACAUGGGCACGACCAUGGGCUUCGACAAGACCAUGCUCGGAAGCUACGGUGCGCAGGGCGGCACGCCCUUCACCGGCUCCGGCCCCAUCCAGCUGUGGCAGUUCCUGCUCGAGCUGCUCACCGACAAAACCUGCCAAAACUUCAUCUCCUGGACCGGCGACGAGUGGGAGUUCAAGCUGACCGAUCCGGAUGAGGUGGCACGUCGGUGGGGCGUUCGGAAAAACAAGCCAAAAAUGAACUACGAGAAGCUCAGCCGGGGCCUCCGGUACUACUACGAUAAGAACAUUAUCCACAAAACCGCCGGCAAGCGCUACGUCUAUCGUUUUGUAUGUGAUCUUCAGACUCUAUUAGGAUACUCAGCCAAGCAGGUGCACGAAAUGGUUGACCUCAAGCCGGACAAGAAGGACGACGAGUAAACUAAAGCCCCCAAAGCAUGCUACUUGCUCAAAGAGAGACCCCCCCCCCCUUCACGAAUCCAAAUCCAAGCGAAAGGGAGAACCAGCAAUCCGGCGCUUCCUGAUUACGAAUUGUUUCCCCGUGUGAAUCGUGCUUCCAAAACGAACGGCAAAACCGAAAAACCAAUCGUGUUACCCUCAUUCUACCUUUUUGUUUAAGAACAAAAAAACAAAACUGAGUUUCUUCCCAAAAAAACAAAUCGAAAAACUAUGAUCGUACUUUUACAAUGUACCAAAAAAAAACGCAACACAAAUCAUCCUAGCAGGCUGAGACGAGCGCGGUCGGUGGAGCGCAGCAAGCGCGUGUGCCUUAACGGAUCCAGAACAAGUCAACCUCUCUAUCUAGUAGACCAACCCUGAACGUCAGUCAUCCUAGUAGGCGCUGGAAACGACGCUCUCAGUGGCUCCCAUGGCGACCAACAGAUUUCCCCCGUCAAACAAAGCAAAUCAAAUCGUACUCUCAAAAUAUCAAGAUCAAGAUCGGCUCCCGCAGUCGGACAAGGAUCGGAAAGGUAAGCGAAACUUAAGUCUACUUAAUCACACAAACACACAAGCGAGAAAACAAUCUGUGAGAGUUCGCGAGUCGAAUUCGCUGCAGAACAGAGAGCUGUCUGCAGCGGAGAAACAAUAGAAAAAAAAAUCAAACAAACGUAAAACAAAAAUCGAGGUGAAGCUCCGCGCUGUUGUGCGCAGGAAGAAGGAACAAAGCAAAACAACAAAAUUUUAUUUUAUUUUCCCCCCUGUAGUUAAAAUAAUUAUUUGUGAAGCUUUUGUGAUAAGUUUUUUUUUUCUUUAUUUCUAUAUAUUUUUAGUAGAACAUACUUGCUUUUAUAUAUGUAUGUGUAAUUAUUAGAACCUAUCCCCUUAGAUUACUCGAUAGAAAAUGUAAAAAUCAUUCAACCGAAAAAAAAUCAAUGAAAAAAACGGAAAUUCAGCAGUAUAAAAAUCAUGUGAAUGUUCUUCGUAGUGUAAUAUUGUUCAGUGAUGGCGCGAAAGAGAAACUCAAAAGAGUGACCGAGUGGCGUGCCGUUAAAUUUGAGUGACCGAGCUCGCUAGUUCCCCGUCGACCGCCCCCUGGUAACGGUUGCAAUGGAUAUUUUUUCAUCUUAUUUUUUUACUUCUCUACAAAUCAGCGCCCCUGGGGGCGGCGACGGCGGCGGAAACAGCUGAUCUCCACAAGUUAAAACAAAUAAUCAGAGUACUAUUACUAGAGCUUAGUUUGCGCGCGAUUCGUGUUUAUUAACUAUGUGCGUGUGUGUGAAUGCGAUGAAGCACGCGAGCGAACGAGUUUGUCCCACGAAUGCGAAGCUGUGUAGUAAAAUCUAAGUGAUUAUCAACUAGGAAGCAGAAAUAUUAUUGUAAAGAGCCAAGAAAAAGUAUCAAACAAACAAAAAAAAAGAAGCCGGAUCAGAAUAAAAGUGUAAAAAAGCAAAUUGUAAAUCAAGGAUGGGUUCCUCAGACAAUCGCGCGGCCAGAAGCAUUUUGUUUAAAGCAAGGCACCGGCAGUCCCGCGCCAUCGCUCACACAGAUCUACCCCCUGUUGGGGUUUCACGUUGGUGCGAUGCAUUUUUUCAAAACGCACACACAAAAUGGAGGAAAACGACGGAUUUCAUCAAAGUAUUUAUGUAUAUCGAUCAAAGUAGGUUUUUAGUUGCUGUCAGUGUCAUGAGAUGUGUGAGAGCGAUGGUAAGGGACAGGACACGUGUCGUCAUGGUAACUGUCUAUUGUUGGCUGACGUUGUACUGAAAAAGGGAAUCCUCUUCUGUUUUAUGAUGUUUAAAAAAAUUAAAA